AUGCCUGGAAGGUUGGACAUUCAGAUUGCUCUGACCGUUACUCUCUCACUCCACAGUCGCUCGGUGCUACAGGAAAUUCUUGACACUGAUCUUAGCAAUGAGGCUUUCCCCUUCUCGACACACCAGGUUGUGAAGGCAGCUGGACACACAGUUCGAGCUAUGAGGCUCUCAUUUGUUGGUGAGCUAGGCUGGGAGCUGCAUGUACCAAGGGAAUCCUGUGUAGCUGUUCAUCGUGCUGUGAUGCAAUCUGGGGAAAAGUUUGGAAUCACCAAUGCUGGUUACAGAGCCAUUGAUUCACUGAGUAUUGAGAAAGGUUACAGACACUGGCAUGCUGACCUUCGAUCUGAUGACACCCCACUUGAAGCAGGGCUGGCCUUCACUUGCAAACUAAAAACAAAGAUCCCAUUUCUUGGCCGGGAGAUGCUGGAGAAGCAGAAAGCUGAGGGGCUGUUUAAACGCCUGUUGUGUUUCACCGUUGAUGAGAAGGUCCCUAUGUUUGGCCUGGAAGUGAUUUGGAGGAAUGGGAAAAUAGUCGGACACAUUCGGAGGGCAGAUUUUGCAUUUACGCUUAACAAGACCAUAGCCUAUGGCUACAUCAGGGAUCCUGACGGUGGAGUGGUCACACCGGACUUUGUGAAGAGUGGGGAAUACUCAUUGGAGAGAAUGGGCGUCUCCUAUCCAGCAAAGGUCCAUCUCAAAUCACCCUUUGAUCCAAACAACAAGCGAGUGAAAGGGAUUUAUUCGUGAGGAUGUGAACUGCCUGUGAUGCUCCGUGCUUUGAGAGCAGGAAAUAUGUGACCGGGAAUUUGCUGUAAUUGUCUUUGAAAUUCCAGUUUUGUAAUUGGAAGAUCGGUUUCUGGAACCCAGAGGUUUUUGAAGUUUCUGAACUGAGUAUUAUAACCUUACUGUGAGGGAGACAUUUUAAUAUUUUAUUGAAUUAGCAAUAAUUCUACAGCCUUUAUAAUUAUUUUCAAUUGAGUUUUAACAAAUUAAACUUUACAUCAGUGCCAACAAAAACAGCAUGUCUGUUCAACACACAACCUGAACUUGUAAUCUGAAUCCACAGGUUAAAUGCACAGUGCCCCAAGUCAGGUAGCAAUGGGGAAUUGGCUGGUCUUGGUGGUAUUGACUCAGAGUGAAUGAUAUUCUAACCCAAUAAGUAGUGUUUUUAAUGUGUUCUGCGGCCUCCUUAUGAUCCCAGCUCUUAGCUGGGUUUCCUGUACUGGGGAACAUGUAAUGUGGGAAUACUGUCCUUGCAGAGUGUUCAGUCUGUUCAGUGGGAAUAUGAGGGCCCAGUGUGAGGAGCAGAUCGGAGUGCUUGGAAUGAGAGUGAUGGGUGUUCAGUGUGAAGAGUGGGUGGGACUGACGGAGGCCAGGAUUGUUGAGGUUUCUCAUAUUGAUGAUUUGGGAUGGAGUCUUGGAGAGAUGGUUCUGUGAGAAUAUUUUGGUGCCUUGGGUGUUGUGACCAGGGGUCACAGACUAAGGAUACCCAGGUGAACCAUUUAGGACUGAGAUGAGAAAUUUCUUCACCCACCGAGUGGUGAGCCUGUGGAAGUUUCCACCACAGAAAGCAGACAAGGCCAAAACCAAGAAGAAGUUGGGUGUAGCACUUGGGCUAAAGGAAUCAAAAGCAGGAACUGACUAUUGAGUUGGAUGAUUAGCCAUGAUCAGAAUGAAUGGUGGAGCUGGCUUGAAGGGCCGAAUGGCCUGCUCUUACUUUCUAUGUUUAGGGAGGAGCUGCACUUUCAUCAUUUAAAGAAACUUACACAUUCUGAUCUGAGAGAGUUUAGUGUUUAAUAGGAAACAAAUUAACAUCAGAUCAAUUAAAGGACAGUACACACUGGGUGACAGCACAAGGUUACAGACAUGGACCACACUUUCAUUGGUGAGACACUGCAGCAGAAACAUCAGCUUCACUUCACCCUCCCUCCACCAACCUCAUUGAGGCUUGGCUAUUUCAGUUACCCUACAGCUGGAUACUGUGACCAUUGAAGGGGCUUCCAUCACUCUCCUGGUUUAGUGGCAGUGAGUUGGACCACCGUUGCCUCUCCUGGUGCCGUGUGACUCGAUCUCUGGCAAUGAUCCCGUGAUUUUGCCAGUGCCACAGUUACCUGAGGGAGGGGCUGCUCAUCCCAGUUACCCUGAACACAGAAAGUAUCUCAUUGUCAAGGUUUCAACUUAAAUGAAUUUAAGUGAUAAUGCAGUGUAGCAGAGAAUAUGACUCUUUCCAUCUGGCAGGGUUGCUAGGAUGCAGUCCUGCAGAAGCCUCAAUACUUACUGGGAAGCUCACUGCGGACGACUUGUUGCAAUGCACAGAAAUGGGAGCAAAAUCGUACAUCGCUUUCAGCACCUGACUGCUGAAUGGGCUCCAGGGCACUGCAUCAAACUGUUGCGUUACUGGUACCUGGGGACAGCUGCAGAUCCUGUCAUCAUCAAUCCUUUAAAAACAGAAUAGUGAUACAUCAAUGGCAUUACCAUCACUGAAUCCCCCACUAAUCAACAUCCUGAGCAUUACCAUUGACCACAAGCUGAA